CCAGCUUGGCGACUUCUCCCCUGCUUCCUCCUCAUAUCUCCCGUCCCUCUCAUCCAGUCACAGCUUAAAAGCAGAAACCUGACAUGAACAACAACUCGUAAAAGCAAAAGGGCAGGCCUAAAAGCUUUACCCCCUCUCCCGGCACCUUCAGUCUUCGCCAUUCUCUUUCCCAUUGGCGCCAGAAGACAGGUUGCUUUUUGUAAAGGCAAGCAGCCAACACGGUAAAGCAGAAGUAGCACACCACGUUAAGCAAAUGCGAGAUAGCCCAAUUAUAUAUGCACCUCCAUAUUCAUGCCUUCUAUCUCAUCUUCGUCAGUCUGUGUUUUGCUUCCACGGCUGAGAUUGUGCCUGCAGAUUUCAUUCGUGCACCAGAUGAAAGGCGUUAAGCUGCUGCUGCUGCUUCAGCUAGUAGCAGCAGCGAGAGACCCAUUAUGGCACUUCUCGUUUUUGGCCGUGAUUAUGAGUAUAAACCAGAGGCCUUUGACAGCGGGAGGUUGCCUGUCACAUUGUCCCGGGAGAUGCAGAUGUUCCUUGACGUCACCAAUUUAAUACAGUGCGAGAACCCUCGUGCUGCUUAUCUAUGUAAGGGAGUUUAAAUUUGGCCUUAGAAUGUUUUUUCCUUUGGAAAAGCUUGAUUUCCUUUUUUAAGAAAAGAAAUUUGAAUGGGAAGAAUCGUAAGCUGCUCAAAGUUUGUCUUCACGGCUCAUCUUGGUGUUGAUAUAGAGUGAGCUUUUACAUUAUUCUGUGCGUAUCAAAGGUUUGGUAAGUACUAGCUGACUGAAAUGUCAGAAUGCAGACUUUAACAGCAAUUUACCGUUCCCUUUAAACUAGGCUUCACGAUAUAGCAAUGCUAACUGCACUCUAGAUGGUAAGUUACAGCUACAAUUUUCAUCAUUCUAACAUUGAAAUCUACGAUUACGUGUCAAAGAGAAAGGGACUUCAAAAGAUCUUGAGGUUUGAAAACUCAGUUUUUAUACUGAUCACGGCUUUACUGUGAUGAGGAUGUUUUAUCUGGUUCCGAUGUUGGUGGACCACAGUAGCUUGUGGAAGUUUGACCAUGGGCUAUAAACAUCUUUUACGUUGUUCAUUUGGAUUUCUUUGGCAUGUUCCAUGUUGGCAGGCCGGCAAUACGCUUUUGAAAUUACGUGGAAACUGGACCAUAAUUCCAUUGGACAGGGUGGCCGACAGUUCAAAACUUCUCUUCACCAUUGACUUGAACAGAAUAAUGAGAUUACCCUAUUUAGACGUCAGGCAAGGAGUGAUAUGCGUAAACUUAAACGCGUUUAUCAUGCGUACAAGGACUAACGACGGAGUCGUUAAUGAGGAAAAAAAGACCAUUGCCAAAAGAGUUGCUCAAGUGGUGUUUGAAGAAUACAAGAUAAUAACAGAUGCAUCAAGCACCAAAACAGAUUGAGGGCUCAACAAUUUACCAUUGUCUUUAAUAACAUUUGUUGGAAGUCUAUAGUCAAUACAUUCACAGAGGAAAUGGUCCCGAAGGAAUCCAAGCCUGAGGUCUGUCUGUCACAAUCCGGAUUUCCAUACUAUUUGGACCUUGAAAGAAUAAAUGAUUUAAUCUCAAUUAAUGUAAACAAUUUUAUUUUAUUUUUCUAUA